AUGUCUGCCGACCUGUACGCAGCGUUUUUGGUAGAGGAAACGACAUCGAAGCCGGAACAGACAAAUGACAAACGAGCAAAUGUAACCAACAAUCCAUCCCCACCUCGUAUCACAGAAUCUGUCCAUGGAAUCCAGCGACAGAAUGUAUCUUCACCACUUUGGCAGCGAGAUACUGGUGGAAGCGAUAUCCUCUUCGAUGCAGAACAACCUGACGUAGGAGACGAAUUUGGAGACUUUGAGACGGCAGGGGACUCCACGACCGAUCUGAACAAGACUGGACAGGCUGAUUCCUUGAGGCAUGAGGGAGUUAUGUCUACCAAGGCCAUUGGUCCAGAACCUUUAAUUUUGGACCUUCCAGAUACCAUUGGGUUGCUUGAUAAUCCAUCACAUCCGGAAACCAAAGUUUCGCAGACCUUAGGUGCUCAGCGUACUCUCAGUGGCACAGAACCAACAGAAAUUGGGAAACAACCUUCGUGGGACGAUGAUUGGGGCGACUUUGAAGAGACCGAGUCUCAGCCGCUACCACCUUUGACCACGGAAGUGAAGGCCCAGCCUUCCGAUGAUGACUGGGAGCCUAUCGAGGAUAAUGUGCCUCACUCAAUGCAGCAGACUAUAUACCCACAGCCACCUACAUCGAGAAAAGAUAAUGCCUGUGAGACCGAGACUCAAUCCCGUGAUCAAACAUUGACAUACGAACGGCCGAGCAAUGUCCCACCGCCAUCCUCGCUUCUACAGUUGCUCUCGUCAGUCUUUGGCUCGAUACACGAGAGUAAUGCCGAUAGUGUGUUGUCAAAAUCCGAAUUGGCAUCGAAGGUGCUGCUCAUCUUUCGAGUUUCUAGCCGCAUAGUCGCGGGCAGGACGCUACGAUGGAAGCGGGACACCGUCUUAGCCCAGAGUGUGAGGAUAGGUCAAUCAGGAAAGAGUGGUGGAAUGAAACUAGCAGCAGUAAACAAAAGUGAAACGACUAAGGAAGAACGAGAGACUGAAGAAAUGAUUCGCGAUUGGUCAAGCUACCUCCAUGAAUUCAACAGCAUCCUCGCUCAAGCUGAAGUUCCCCCAUGCCGGAUGAGAUUGUCAUCUACCCCUCCCAUCAAGAGGUUGGGAACGACUCAUCUUCCUGACAUGUCAAAGCCAUGCGCCCUUUGCGCAUUGAAACGUACAGAAAGAUUGAAGGACGUUGAUGCCGACGUGGAUGACCUUUUCGGUGAGUUUUGGGUUGAACACUGGGGCCACAAGGAUUGCUUCGACUUCUGGUAUUCGUACAAGGAUAUGCUCAAACACCGUUGA